AUGGAAAAUAUUGAUAACGUAAAAUUAUUCGUCCAGUCGUUGGAUAAUUCAAUAGACCAACUUACAGAAAAAUUGGAACCUAUUUUAAAGAAGUCAUUAGAAGAGACAAUAGCAGCAUCAGAUUCACAAAUGGAACGCAUAAAGAUAUACAAUAAUUACUCUUAUGUAUUAAUUUCAGUACUAUUUUCAUACUUGAAAACCCUUGGCAUAAAUACGGAUCAACAUCCUAUCAUGAAGGAAUUGACAAGAAUUAAGCUGUACAUGAAGAGAUACAAAGAUCUCGAAACUAAAUUAGCUACGAAAGAUACGUCGAAGGAAGAUGCUGAAGCUGCAAGAACUUUUAUUCAGAAUACCCUUGGUACCAAAAUAAACGGUGGUGGUGCUGCGAUAAAUUCCAAUAUGAGCUCACCAGCUAUAAGUUCGUCAAACUUUACUGGCGUUCAUACAAAAUUUAGUGAUCCUGAAAACAACAGUGACUCAGAAUCCUCAUCUAAAUCUAAUACAUCUAAAGCAUUAGCGAAGAAGAAGUUAUCUCUGAAACCUAAGAGUAAACCUUCGAAAGUAACAAAACCACAAAGCAAAUCUAAACGUUCGAAUAAAUGA